CUAAUGGUAUACAAUUGUUUAAAAUACGGUAAUUUUUUUAAUGCAAAUAUACAAAUAAAUGCAGAUCAAAAAGUGAAAAUAAAAGGAGGUUCCUGAUAGUUAUUCUUGAUAGUCCUGAUCGAUCCGUUGGUAAAGAAAGUGCAAAAAAAAUAUUUUGCGUAUAUUUUAAAAUGGACGACAAUGCACGCACACUUUAUUGUGGAAAUCUGAGCGAUAAAAUAACUGAAGAUAUUCUCUAUGAAUUGUUCCUACAAGGAGGUCCUAUACAAAAGAUAAGCAUUCCUAAAGAUCGUGAUGGCAAACAAAGACCAUUUGCAUUUAUCACAUAUAAACAUAUACAUUCUGUGGAAUAUGCUUUACGUUUAUUUGAUGGUACAGAACUAUAUAAUCGUACCCUUAAUAUGCAACUAAGGAAUAAUGCUGAGUCACUACAAGUGGAACAAUCUUUGAAUCCUGUUCGCAACAUAAAUCACAUGUUAGAAUUAGGGCAACAAAUGAUCUUAGGAAAUUAUCCUGCACUGCAGAGUGGCGGUGGAAUGUUUGUUGCACAUAUUUCACAAAAUAUUCCGACAUAUCCAAGACAAUUGGAUACAAAUACAAUUGGAAACAAUACUGGCAAUGAUGAUAGGAAUAGAAGAAAUCAUCCUUAUCAAAGGAAUAGAGAUAGAAAACAAGAGAGAGAUAGAAAUCAGGAAAGAAACAGAGACAGAAAUCGAGAAAGAGAGAGAGAAAAAGAUAGAGCAAGAAGCAGAGAACAAAAUGAUCAUUAUAGAGAUGAGAGAUCACACCAUAAUAGAGAUAAUUGGAACACCCAUCGUUCCAAUGGCUAUUCCCGAUAUAAUGACAAUAGGAAAAGAUGGGCUCAUUAGUAAUAAGGAUUUUUUUAUCUGUUAUUUACUAAUUGAUUUCUCAAUUUCUAAAUUUAAUAGAAAAUA